UUAACAAUAGAGAGUGACUUAAAAUCCCCUCUACAAAAAAAAUCCGAAAGGAAUAAAAUUUUGGGUAUCUAGGGUUUAUCUCUCUUUCUCUCUCAUAAACAGGAAGUAGAAAAUCUCUUCACUUGAAUCUAUUCAUCUUUUGUUUUCUCUUCCUGUUGUUCGAGCUUUCAAUCAUGGCGAAUCCAGCUGCACCAAUUCGAUCUUUUCUUCAAGCUGCGAAAACAGAGGAAGUUGCUCUUCCUCUUCGCGUUGUUCAAAUUGAGGGCUUGGCAAUACUGAAAAUAAUUAAACAUUGUAAGGAGUUUUCCCCUGCCUUAGUCACCGGGCAGCUUCUUGGCUUAGAUGUUGGCAGUGUCCUUGAAGUUACUAACUGCUUUCCCUUCCCGAUCAGAGAAGAGGAUGAAGAACUCGAGGCUGAAGGUGCUAAUUAUCAACUUGAAAUGAUGAGGUGCUUGAGAGAGGUUAAUGUUGACAACAACACUGUUGGAUGGUAUCAGUCAACCUUGUUGGGGUCGUAUCAGACCGUGGAACUAAUUGAGACAUUCAUGAAUUACCAGGAAAAUAUAAGGCGCUGUGUUUGCAUUAUAUAUGAUCCAUCAAAAUCAAAUCAAGGUGUUCUGGCUCUCAAGGCAUUAAAGCUUUCAGAUUCUUUUAUGGAGCUAUACCGCAGCAAUAAUUUUACUGGAGAGAAAUUGAGGGAGAAGAACCUGACAUGGGUGGAUAUUUUUGAAGAAAUACCGAUCAAAGUCUCGAACUCGCCUCUAAUAAGUGCAGUGAUGACAGAACUUGAAACUGACUCACCGGUCACUCAGUGUGAUUAUGACCGGCUGCAAUUAUCUACUACUCCAUACAUGGAGAGGAACUUGGAAUUUUUGGUUGAGUGCAUGGAUGAUUUGUCUAUGGAACAGCAGAAGUUCCAAUUUUAUUACCGGAAUCUCUCCCGUCAACAAGCUCAGCAGCAAGCAUGGCUUCAAAAGAGAAGGGCGGAGAACAUGUCACGUAAAGCAGCCGGAGAAGAGCCUUUAGCUGAAGAGGAUCCUUCAAAUCCAAUCUUCAAGCCAAUUCCUGAGCCAUCACGAUUGGAUAGUUUCCUCAUAACAAAUCAAAUUGCCAACUACUGCAACCAAAUUAAUGGGGUUGCUGGACAGAACUUUAGCAGACUAUAUUUGACCAAAGCAUUGCAUGAAAAUUGAUAAGCGGAAGCUUGGUGAGCCUCUCCCACAAAAACUCACAAAUACAUUUUUGCUGCUUAGAAAUCCUGUCCUUUAUGGAUCAAAAUUUUCCAGGGAGUUGGUGUCAAUUUUCGAGAAACGAAGAUUUGUAGACUAGUUUAUUUUUGUCUGACCGCAUUCUUGGUGCUUUUUUUUCUUUAAAUUCUGUGAUGUUUGUAUCAUACACUUCAGCUCAUAGAAUCAUUGCUUGGAUAUGAAAGGAGAAAAUGACUGGCUGCAAUAACUAUGCUUUGCCCCAUGGUUUUCAUUGGAGUUCUUUAAAUUUAUGUGUACACUCUAUAAGGAGCUCGUAAGGGCUUUGCAUGUAAUUUGCUGCUGAGUAAUCCCAAUGGAUAUUUGAA